AUGUCGCAGGAGCUCCAGACGCUCAACGAGCAGCUUAGCCACGAGGAAAGUCAGCCCGAUGCUUUGUUUGCCGAGUCCAACCACUCUGCAAAUAACAAGUCUGGCAAGCCCAGACGAAUGGCAUGUGUGGAAUGCCGACAACAAAAGAGCCGGUGCGACGCCCACGAGCGCCAUCCGUCUCCGUGUACCCGGUGCUCCAAGAAGGGCUUGAAGUGCGAUCUCAAGUCCGGGUACAAAAGAACGUACAAAAGAGCUCGAAUUGCUCAGAUAGAACGGGAGUUUUCUGAACUCAAAAAGACCUUGACCACCGCCCAGGCAUCCGAGCUCUUCAGUAAAAUCCCCACGCUCUCACAGGUCCAGGAGUUGCGUGACACUGACGGAGACUUCAGCGAGAGCUAUUCGCUGCCGCAACCACAGUCUCAUGGUGCUCACCCACAGGGAAUCACCCACACCACGGGAGACACCAAUCUGUCUUCCAUUCCCAAUACCCCUUCCAUCAACCGCAACAUCGAGAUGUAUGCAAAGGAGCCGAGCGAGCCGUCCGAAUUGGUGGUGGUGCCCGAGUAUAUACUUUUUUGUGGUGAGAAAACCUUGGACACCAUCACCCUCCAGCCCGAUACCAUCAAACUGUUGUACUUGGAAUAUGUACACCACUACCACCCGAUCUUGCCGGUGGUGGACGUGAUGAAGGGCCCCGAAAAGAUCUAUAAGUUGUGUCCAGCGUUGUUCUGGGUGAUCAUGUUUGUGUCGCUCAGAAGAAUCUACAACGACCCCAGCAGAGAACUCCUUGUACGUCUUUCACCCGUCAUCAAAGACAUCUUGGCCGAGAUCACCAUUUCGCCUAUCACCAGGUACAACCCCACCGAGGAAGACGAGCCGAUUUUGAACGCCUGCUCCGUGUACUCGGUCCAGGCAUUUUUGAUAUAUACCUACUGGCCUCCAAUAACCUCGUCAUUGAGUGCCGACACCUCAUGGAACACCAUUGGACUCGCUCUUUUUCACGCCAUCCGCAUUGGCUUGAACGCCCCGGUGGUAAACUCGAGCAACCCCAAAACUCCUCAACAACUUUCCAUGGCCCACGAGCAAACUAAAACAUGGAUUCUAUGUAAUAUAGUGUCACAGACCAUCGCCACCGCGUUCGGGUUCCCUGCGUUUGUGCAGUUUGACUCUUCCAUCUGGUCACCAUUGCGGACCAGCAGUCCUAUCAAAAUCCCUAAAUCCAUCCGCUUCAUGUUGGAAAUCGCCCUGUUUGAGGAUCAGGCCACCAAAACCCUCAACUCCAACCCCAUUGAUCCCUACGGGCUCAUCGACCCCACCGAACGGUUGCCGUUGUUGAAGGUGUUGUUGAGGCAGCUCGAUGAGCUCGAAUUCAAAUUGGUCGAUGAGCUUCCCAGCAGCGAAAGCUACCGAAAGUUCCAACUUCUCCUGGCCCGGGUUCACUUGUUGACGUACUACUUCAUGGACUCGUCUCGCAUAGCUCUUUUUGAAUUGCAAAAAGGGUUGGUACGGUUAUACAAUGCAGCCAUUGCCUUGAUCAACUUUGCCCAUCUCUGUUCCACCAGAGACAAGAACUUCAUCAAGUAUUUGCCCGGGGUGUACGUGUUGAGCAUCUGGCAGGCCUCGUGUAUCAUUGCCAAGUUGGCCCAUUCACCUUUGAAGCAGUACAUUGAUUUGGGGUCUGGUAAGCAGUCGUAUCAAGCAGCCAUUACACUUGCAGCCAAAGCUUCGAUUUUAAAACACGACAUGGCCCACCGACUGAGUGGCAUCAUGCGGAACAUGUGGCAGGUGCUUCGAACUCUCGACGAAAAGAAGCUUAGCACUUUGACCAUCGAUGUACGGAGUCGAAUGGCAGCCUCUGCGUUUUUUGACUGUCUUUAUGUGUUACGAGACCAGGUGGGAAUGUUGAAGCUCAACAAUCGAAAUGAUCUGACGGAGCCCACGAACGGAGAAGACAACGAUGAUGGUGGCUCCAACGAGGACGAUGAAGAAUACGGGUAUCAAGAAGAAGCUCUUGAGUCUGACGAAGAACGGCGUGAGGUGCUGCAGAAAUCGACUCCCAGCAGCUCCAACUCCAGCAAGGCCCGCAAGCUCCGGUCGCUUUCCAAUACUGUAAACGCCGAGCUGAAGGCUCGGAAAAUCAUCAGAACCAUCCCCUUGGAUCCACAACCGAUUUCUGCCAAUAACAAACGCAGCAAUAUUUUCAAGGUCAUAGAUAACUCCAACGACUCGUCCCCACAGGUGCGUAGUGAACCGUCCGAUGAUCGAAACAUGGUGGCCCGUGGGAAGGCAGAGGAUUUCCGGUCGCUCACGAACUCUCCUCCACCAUUGUUCACGAACAACCACAGAAUGGCCAUUACGGGAAAUACCAUUCGAUCUCAGAACAGAGGCUUCCAGUCGUCCCAGGUUGGGGACUACGCAGCCCCGGUGGCUCGCACGCCCGUGGAACUGCGGCGUACGGAUGAGUUGGCCCAUAUGGUGCUCAAUGAGCUGCCGCUCCAGGGUGGACUUGAGAACUUGGAGAUGGACGUACUCGAUAUCAACAGUGAUUUGUUGUGGAAGGAUGUGGACAGCGUGAUGAACGACUUUGGUUUCCAUGCCAAUUAG